ACACCCCCACGACAAUUUGACCUUUGACUAUCCCUCGCUAUUUCUCAAAAAUCCCCCUACUCUUCUUUCUCCUUAAACUCUGGCAAUUUAAUGUUAUGGAAAGUGAUCUUAAUUCUUCCAAUUUCGACAAGUACCAAAUAACAUGGAAAUCCGAGGAUUUAGGCCUAAGCCAAGCUAAAUUUUAUAGGUGUAGCUUUUGUAAACGAGGUUUCUCCAAUGCACAAGCGCUAGGUGGACACAUGAACAUUCAUAGAAAAGAUAGAGCCAAGCUUGGAGAAAGUCCGAGCGAAUCUUUAGAUAUCAAGAAGUCUGUCAGUCCUUCUCCUGAUAUUGUACCGCCAUCUAAUGAUAAAUUAUUGCAACAAGAAGUAUCUAGGGAUGACACGAGUAGUCCAUCAAAAAGGCCAUAUGUUACACCCGAAGAAGAACAUGGUCAUCAUCGUCGUCAUCAACAUCAUAUUUCGAAAACGAAAGAUGGAAAUCAUGAUUAUCCUAUUUCAAAAGCACAAGAUAUUGACAAUCAUGAGUUGAUUAUUGGAGGUGAUCUUUUACAAUUACCUUUGUUUGUGGACUUUCCAUCAAAAAAAGAAAUUAAUUGUGGGGAAACACAAGAAGGAAAUAAGGGCAUGCAGCUAAGUGAUGAUUCAGAAUUGGACCUUGAGCUUCGGUUAGGACCGGAACCUCCCGAGUCUUCAAUGAAAUCAUAGUAGUUGGUUCUUUUAAUAUAUUGAUCAAAGCAUACAUAUACUACUCGGAUCAACCAAUCCUAUUAAGAGGUACUUCUAUUUCCAAUUCUUAUGGUAAUCUUUUUCAUUUUUUGUAAAUGUAAAUCACAAAGGGAAUAGGAUAUUGUUUUUAUAUUAAAAAAUUAA